CGUUUGUGGUUUCAGUUUUGAGCCGACAGUGUCAGGAAUAAAACAUAUUUUUACUUUUUCUUGUCUUACAAUUUACUUUUUGUCUUAUGGUCUCUGAAACCUUUAUGAGUUUCUUUCAUUUGAUUUGCCAACAUAAAUCAGGAUGCUUUAAGACAUUUGUUUAAUUUUUUUACUACCAGCAAAUUUGAAUAACAAAAUCUAGCAUUGUUUUUUGUGGAAUAAAGCUUCAAAUAAUUAAAAAUGAGCAUUGAUUGCAGCUCCACCAAUUUUUCCAAGUUAGUCCAUUUUGAUUUGAAAGGGGCUCCACCUCUGGUUUCAUACUAUGAACAGGUGUUUCCUUUAUUGAAAAAGUUGGGAGCCACUGGGAUUUUGAUUGAAUAUGAAGAUAUGUUUCCAUACAGUGGUGAUCUGCAGAUAGUCACACAGCCUGAUGUUUACAGCAAAGAAGAAAUUCUAAAAAUCCAAGAACUAGCAUUUGAAAAUCAACUUGAUGUGGUCCCCUUAGUUCAAUCAUUUGGCCAUUUAGAGUUUCUUCUGAAACAUGACAAGUACUAUGAAAUACGUGAAGCAGAGCGAUAUCCUAAUGCCUUAUGUCCUUCUCAUGAAAAAAGUGAAGAAGUCAUCCUAGAAAUGAUAAAUCAAAUCAUUGAUAGUCAUCCUAAUUCAAAAUACAUACAUGUUGGUGGGGAUGAGGUUUGGCAUCUGGGUCAGUGCACUCACUGCAAAGAAAAAAUGAAGCUUCAAAGUUGGGGGAAGGAACAUUUAUUUUUGGAUCACAUGUGUCGUAUCUUAAAAAAUAUACGCAAGAGAUGCCCAGACAUUGGAAUAAUUAUGUGGGAUGACAUGAUGAGAGACAUUGAUGUUAAUAUUUUAACAUCCUCUGAAAUUUGUAAUCUUGCAAUUCCCAUGGUUUGGCAUUAUUUACCCAUUGAAGAAUUUAAAAUCAAGCAUAAUUUAUGGGAGAAAUAUUCUAAAGUUUUCCCCAGCAUAUGGAUUGCCAGUGCUUUCAAAGGUGCUACUGAAAUGACUCAAUUUGUCACUCCUACAAGAUACCAUGUUGCUAAUCAGCAAGCAUGGUUGAAAACUUUACAACUUUAUGGCAGCCAAUUCAAAAAAAUACAUGGGAUUGCUAUCACUGGCUGGCAGAGAUUUGAUCAUUACACAGUAUUAUGUGAAUUAUUUCCAGUAGCAUUGCCUACUUUAGCUGUCUGUUUAUUAACAAUUACAAAUGGAGACUUUAAUGAUGAAGCUCAUAAAACUGCAUCAACAUUGCUUGGUUUUCAAAAUUUAAUAGAAAUGGAUACAUUUCCAAGACCUCAACCGGUUGGGCCUCCACCUCUAUUUCCUGGUGGCAGUAUCCACAACAGUUGCUUAUUAUUAGCUAACUGCAUUACUGAAUACCAUAUACUCAUGCAUCAUCCAAGCAUUGAAGGAGCGUUUAGCAGUUUUCAAAUAAUGCAUAACAGAGUGAACACUUUGCAUAUCGAUCAGUUCCUGCCAAGAGCCAGAAUAUUAUUAAUGAAUUUAGAAGCCAUAAAUGUGCAAUUAGAAGGUGAACUAGGAAAGAUCUUCUAUCCAAGCACAGUCAAAGAAUUCCUUGCAGUGAAUAUUAAUCCUUUUUUGGAGAAAUUGCGCAAGUUAGUAAGAGAUGCUGAUCAACAGAUAAUAUUUCAUUCUGCUCCAGAGGAACUAAGAUCCAAUUCAAGUUAGCACCUGAUACACCUUUGUUAUUAUUUAUAAUGAAUAUUUUUUGCUAAUGUUUUACUCUUUAUGGACUUUUGUUAUGUAUCAAAUAAAGA